CCCACUCAGACCUGGGAAGUUUUGGCUGAGUGGGUGGUGGUAGCCAUGGUUUGGAGGGACAGCUUCACAGGUUCUUCACCUGGCCUGAGAUCUGAGCUGAGUUCUGCUCUUCCCAAAGGGAUUUACCUGAAGCCCAAGACAACACAGGUCCUGGUCCCCUGUGCUGGGCCUGAAGAAGCAGGUGAUGAUCGGCACCAGGAGAACGAAGGACACCCUGGAAGCUCCUUGAUGAAGGAUAUCAUCCCCCUGGGGCCUGAGGAAUCUGCCAUGGAGGUGGUCUUGAAGAAGAUCCGGGAGCUCUCUGAUUCGGACCACCGAGACCCCUUCAUGGUGGCCGACCUGGGAGUGUUGGCCAGCCGCCACCAGGCCUUCUGCCAGGCCCUGCCAAGGGUCUCGCCCUUCUAUGCGGUGAAGUGUAACAGCAGCCCCUGGGUGCUGCGUGUCCUGGCCGCCCUGGGCACCGGCUUCGACUGUGCCAGCCAGGGGGAGCUGGAGCAGGUGCUGGGCCUGGGCGUGGCCCCCUCACGCAUCAUCUAUGCCCACCCCUGCAAGCCCGUCUCCCACCUGCAGUAUGCUGCCCGCCAUGGGGUGCAGCUCCUGACCUUCGACAGUGAGGAGGAGCUGACCAAGGUGGCCCAGCACCACCCUGGGGCCAGGCUGGUCCUUCGACUGUGGACCGAGGACAGCCAGAGCCUCAUCCCCAUGAGCGCCAAGUUUGGGGCCAGCCUGGAGCUGUGUGGACACUUGCUCAAGUCCGCCCGAGACCUAGGCCUGGCUGUGGUGGGAGCCAGCUUCCACGUGGGCGCAGGCUGCCAGAAUCCCGACCACUUCGCACAGGUCAUUGCCGACUGCCGGUGUGUGUUUGAGAUGGGCCGUGGGGUCGGGCAUGACAUGAGCCUCCUGGACAUUGGAGGGGGCUUCCCCGGAGUGGAGGGCUCUGAGCCGGAGUUUGAGGAGAUGGCGAGAGUGAUCAAUGCUGCCCUGGCCCAGGACUUCCCCGAGGGGACCGGCAUUGAAGUCAUAGCGGAGCCAGGCCGCUUCUACGCGGCACCUGUCUGCGUGGCCGCUGUCAACAUCAUCGCCAAGAAGGCUGUGCUGCAGCCUGGAGGCACCCGGAAACUGUUGUACUAUCUCAACGAGGGCCACUAUGGCACCUUUCGCGACUUCCACAGGGAUCAUGUCCCCAGGAUGCCAAUUGUGGUGAAGGAGCCUGCUGGAGACAGCGCCUUAAGCCGGGACAUGGCAGAAUGGAGGGGUCCAGACACUUGGUGGGUCACCUGGGAAAGCUUGUGGAGGAGGUGGGGGUGGGGUGGAGAAGAGUAACAUGUGGGAAGCAGAGGUUUGGUUGCCUCUGAAAUGAUGAGGCAAUUUUCCCCCAAUGUUGGCCUGAAACACAAGCGAGCCUUUCUAGGCAGACGACUCUACCCUUG